AAAGGAAACAAAAUGAUUUCCUGUUUGUUGCGGGUAUGAAAGCACUCACAGCAUCACUUCGGUUAACAACAGAAAAAGGGAAGCCUGACACAUAUUGUUCUGCAUGGAGAAAUCUUGAGAAACGAGAACAUCAAGUGUGCUCAUUCUUUACUGGGGGAGAGAGUAGGGGAGACCCAUAGACACUAUAGGGAUCAGAACGACAAUAGAAACACACACAGAGUUGGUGGGAUAAGAACAGAAGGAGAGACCAUGGAUAAAGAAGUGACAACGGCACUCUGGAUCCUGACAAUCUUUAUUUUGAAAGGCGUUCUUGCUGGCCACUGGUCUGUUAACCUGCCCAUCAACCCUAUCUGCGCUGUGAUUGGUUCGACUGUGGUCCUGCCUUGUUCCUAUGAAUACCAAGAGGACUCCUCCAGCCAGCCCCUGAGGGACGGGGACGCCCACAGCGUGCGGUCUGAGAUGUGGUGCCUCGGGAGCAGUCGCUGUAUCACACCGAGCUAUGUGUAUCACAGCGACGGUGUCUUCCUGGACCCGUCCUAUAGCAACAGAGUCAUGUUUCUGGGGCAGACUGGGACCAAAAACUGCUCGCUGCAAAUCUCGGGGGUCAGGAUGUCCGACGGUGGAGCCUACGCGUUCUACGUCAUCCCCGACCCCCCCACCCAGAAGAUGCCGGCGCAGACUGGUGUACAACUCUUGGUGGCAGGCUCUCCUGAUGCCGUCACAGCCUCUGUGAAUCCCUGCGGGGGGGCCCUGAAGGGAGCGCCCCUGCAGCUGGCCUGUUGUGGCCCUCCGGUCGGCCCUGUGGGACGGUACCGCUGGCUCAUGGAUCCUGCUGGGGACAGCACCACCCAACGGGAGCACCCGGGCCAGGUCUGGACCAUGGAUGAGACACGGGCCGACGCCAGCGGGAACUACGUGUGUCAGGUUCAAUCGGCCGAGGGCUGGAGGAGCUCUGCCAACAUAACGGUGGAUGUGCAGUAUCCACCCUGUAACACAUCUGUGCACGUCACAUCUGUGGACGUCCUCUCGUCUGGAACGGGCGUGGUCCUGACCUGCAGCAGCGACGCCAACCCCCCUGUUGAAAGCUACACCUGGUUCCGCGGUAACGGCUGUCUGACCGCAGUAGACAGGAGGACGGGGGCUACACCCAUGGGGCCGACCCUGAAGCUUCACGCAGACCCCCCCACGGGAGAGUCUGAGCUGUACUGCUGUGUGGCCGCCAACACACUGGGCUCCCAAUCCUACAAUGUGACGCUCUACGGAGGUGUCAAUGCAGGCGAACCCCAGUUGGCCAGAAGUAAAAGAGUGAUGAUUGUUGCAACUACUACCGUAACUUUACUAGUAGUCAUUGGCCUUGUUGCAUUUGCACUUAGAUGGAAACUGAAGGAGUCUCCAUUGUCCCAGUCCUAUGGCCUUGCAGGAACCACCGUUCCAGUAUCUUAACUGUACAUUUCAUAUACAAUGAAUUGGCUGCGGAAUGGCAAGAUAAGAAGAAAACUAAAUACGCAUAAAUAAUACACAACCAAUUUAAACACUGUGCAUAUAUAGAAAUUUUAUAGAAUAUAUUUCUGUGCAUUUUUUUUUAUUAUUAUUAUUUUUGUAUUUAUUAUUUUUUCACUGUGGUAUACUUUCUGCUGUGACGUCCAAAUUGAAUGUUACUGGAGAAGUGGCCGUGUGGAGGGUCCAGCCUUGGCCGUGAUGUUACAAUAAAUUAAUGACCUGACCUUGGAACCAACUGUCCGGCGUGAUACGGCAAGAUAGGAUGCAAGGCAGAACCCAGGACAUCUGGGUAGGAGGUUGAGAACCAUCAGGACAUUCACUUUGUUUAUACUUGACUUGAAUUUAGGCUUGAACUGAAUAACCUCCUUUCUGAAUGUUUGUUUCUGUGGUCAUAUUAAUUAGCCAUGAUACAAAAUAAGUGUACUGUUUGGUUAUGUCAGCUUGAUAAUUAGAAUUCAUAAACAAUGACUUAAAAUAAUAUGUUUUUAAGUUCUUUUUUUUCCCAGGUUUAGUUUCAUAUGCCUCAUGUCAUCUAUUUUGGAUUUCAAUAUCUUUUUAACUCUGCAUCUACCAAAUAUGAUAAAAAUAUUUUUUGUUGUUGAUUUCCAUGAUUGUAUGAUCCAAUCUAAUAUAUAGUAUAAAAUGUAAACAGAAGACCAAUUAAGAUAUCCACUGUGCAUUAGGCAAAAAUAUGAAUAAAGGAAUCUGUAAGAUGCAAGUCAUUAA